UGACAUUUCGGCAGGCUCAGUCGCCCACAGAGACGGGCAGCUUGCGAGCACGUUUUCGCAUGCGGAGCUCCAUGUUGUGACGUUACUCUCCACAGCUCGCAUCCUCCUGUCGCGGCACGAGAGGCGACGUCCAGUCACGGUUGCAGCCGCCCAGGAUUCUGGAAGCCGUCUCCUUACACGCUUUGAAAUAUCCCUGCGUUCGCAUGCAAAGUCGACGAGAUUGCCGUGAUACUCGACUGGACUUUAAAACCAUCGCACCCAGUAGCUGUUCAACAACUCACCGCCCACCUCACAUUCUCCUAGCAUCCGUCGUGGGGGGAUCAUGCAGAAUAUCCUGGAGAAGCAUUCAGAGCCGGGCGUUUCCCUUCUGACGCCAAUCGGAUAUCACACGGGCGAUUGCGGAUAUUGCAAGCAAGAGGAUCAAAGUAACAGAACCCCAAAUUCUCGUGUUUCAUACUAUGCAACAGCCAAACAGCUGACCGUUGAUCACUACCAGACUCUUGUCGAUCGAGGCUGGAGAAGAUCUGGGAAGCUUCUCUACAAACCGGAUCUUCGACAUUCGUGUUGCCCCCACUAUACAAUUAGACUACCUGUCAGCGAGUUUAAACCUCGAAAAGACCAAAGACAGGCUGUGAAUCGAUGGAAUAAAUAUGUGUUGGGAGAAGAAUAUCAAAAGGAGGCAGCGCGGCUUCGUCCCAGAUCUAAGGCGGAAAAGGCUCGGUCAAGAAGAGAAUUUGACCUUCUGUCUGCAAUACACGAGAGUGAACACAAGACAUUAUCAGAUUCACCUCUGAAACCAGCUCACGAAUUUGAAGUCGUGCUUGAGUCGGAUGCUUUUACCGAGGAGAAGUUCAACCUGUAUGAAAACUAUCAGAGACACGUCCAUCAUGAGCAUGAGAAAUCGAUUUCCAGGAAUGGCUUCAGGAGGUUUUUGUGUUCUUCGCCACUCAAAACCACAACACGGAGUUGUAGAGAAGGUGACAUACAAAGACUGGGCUCUUUUCAUCAAUGCUAUCGAUUAGAUGGACGACUUAUUGCAAUGGCUGUUUUGGACCUACUUCCACAUUGCGUUAGCGGCGUCUACUUCAUCUAUCAUUCCGAUUUUGAAAAAUUCAGCUUUGGGAAGAUCAGUGCACUCCGCGAGGCUGCUUUGGCACUUGAAGGUGGCUAUCAAUAUUACUACAUGGGGUACUACAUCCACAGCUGUAAGAAGAUGCGCUACAAGAACGACUAUACUCCACAGUACUUGUUGGACCUGGAGAUCAUGCGCUGGAAUAAGCUCGAUAAUGAUGUCUUGAGACUACUUGACACACACCAUUAUCUUUCCUUGUCAUUAUACAGGACGAAUAAAUCUCCUCGAAGGAGAGUCUUUGAUUCUGCGCAGGAAGCAGCUUCCGCAGUGCGCAACGGCUUGUCUUUAUUCGAGGUGGAAUUUGCAGGAAUGCUUACGGCUCAAGAGCUUAUGGCCACUGUCGACCUAGACCGCGUUUCGAUAGGAAUAAUGAAGGAUGUUGUGGUUCAUGGUAAGGACUUCGUAAAGUGGGAUGAAUGGAGCAUUCACGAUAGCGGCGAGAACACUAGCAUCAAAAGUGCCGUUGCACAGCUAAUUGCAUGCACCGGACCCGAAAUUGCGGAUGAGAUCAUAGUGUCGUUCGAUGGGUAGAGAACGUAAGCUAAUCCAAAUAUUGCAUAUCUCGAGGGCCAAUUGCGAUUAUCUCUAACUCGGAAGGCAAUCAAUUUUGAGCAUUUUCGCGACUCCUAUCUAGUUGAGCUGAUGCGGUCGUCACCUUUAAGAAUUAUGGUAUUGUUACGGGCCAUUGGGCUUGAUUGCUGUUAUGAGAUGGUUUCUUGAAUUAAACAUUACACCUGAAGGACGAAAUUUGCUCGAGUUGGACAGCAGAAUGCGACCUUUCAGAUGAUUCCUUUGCAGCUGCACACCCAUCAUUCUCGUUUAGCAGGCUCCAGUGAUGAGACUAGAAUGCACCAUUUAAAGUUUGAC